AUGGGGAGAGAACAAAAACCUGUAACCCUCUCUUCUCUUCUUCUUCUUCUUGGUUCUCUCUUGAUAAUCACCAUGGUUGUCGGCACAGAAGCUCGGCCUUUGAGUGGUUCAAGGCUGAAUAAAGAUGUUAAUGUUGGAGGGAUUGAAGGUCUUAUUGGAGGAUUUUCUCUCCAAGCAGUGAAGAAGUCAGGGCCGAGCCCAGGUAUUGGUCAUAAAUACGAAAACUUUCAAACUCAAGGAGAGGCUACAAAUUCUGGUUCGAGUCGUGGUGAGGGACAUAAGCACGUUAUUAAUGGCAAUAAACCGUAA